GCAACGCCCCGGCCCGCUCGGCCCAGCCGCCCUCCUGCUCCAGGAGCGCGUCGCGCAAGGCCAGCAGCUGCCGCACCCGCGCCCGGCCCUCCCCGCGCACCGCCCGCUCCAGCCCGCGCAGCGCCCCGCCCAGCCGCUCGCCCAGCAGCUGCUCCAGCGCCAGCUGCAGGUCGCCGCCCUUGGCGAUCAGGUCCCCGACGCCGCCGGGCUCCCACAGCGCCUCGGCCAGCGCCUCCCGUUGCGCCGCCGCCUUGGCUUGCGAGGCCGCCUCGGCCGCCGACACCACCCGCGUCCCGCCCGACGCCGCCGCUCCGCCGCUCUCCGGUCGACCCAGGCCCGGCGUCGGCGUGGGCGGCGUCGGGGCCGGCGGGGUCUCGCCCUUCUUGGCCACGGCGAAGGCGGAGGCCAGGGCCCGCUGGCGCAGCGCCUGCAUCUCCCGCAGCAGCGCCAUCUCCAGCCGCAGGAAGGUCUGCAGCCGCUCCUGCUGGGCCUCCGAGAGCGGCCCGGGCCGGGCUAGCAGAGCCUCCCGGCCUCGCCUCGCUUCGCUCAGCUGCUCCAGGCAGCCUUCCAGGCUCAUCCGCGGCAGCUUCACUUCCCGCCGCCAGCGGGACCGCACCGCCGCCGAGACCCGCUCGCCCAGCAGCGCCUCCGCCUCGGCCAGCAGGCACGCCAUCCACUCCGGCGAGAAAGCCGGCGCGGCGCCCCCGACCGGACCCGCCGAGCCCGGCUCCAUCCCCGCCGCCGCCGCCGCCGCCGGAGGACCACCGCGCGCUCUCCCGCCCGCUCCGCCGGCGCUUCCGGGGCGGAGCGGCGGCUGCGCGGUUUUUGGCCUGCGCGCCCGCGGGGAGGGAAGGAGGGAGGCAGGCCCGGGCCGAGUCGGCGGGAGCUCGGAGAAGGCGGCUCUCAGCCGGCCGGACGUGA